CGCGUCCUCAGAUGACCCCGGCAGGCGCUCCGGCCGCGCGGCGGGCUGGCUCCUGCCCUCGGCGGCGGCGGAGCUGGGCGGUCGCAGGGGUGCCUCCUGCAGCUGGAACCAGACCUGGCUAGAGUUUGCCAACUCUCUUGAUUUCAUAUAUGACCCAGCCCUGGAUUUGAAUCCAACUCAGGAAGGGAAAGGUUGCAUGAUGGAAUCCAGAUUUUCCCAAGAUAAGUUGCACCUUUUGGAUCAGUAUCGCUGAAGUUGUCUUCUGUUUGCUCAACACUAAAUCGAGUCCCUUGACAAGUCUGCUCAAAAAACAUAUAAAAUGGAUCUCAAAGAAAGCUGCCCGAGUGUUAGCAUUCCUAGCUCUGAUGAACACAGAGAGAAGAAAAAGAGGUUUACUGUUUACAAAGUGUUGGUCUCAGUUGGCAGAAAUGAAUGGUUUGUCUUCAGGCGAUAUGCUGAGUUUGAUAAACUCUACAAUACGCUAAAGAAGCAAUUUCCCACUAUGAACCUUAAAAUUCCAGCUAAAAGAAUAUUUGGCGAUAAUUUUGAUCCAGACUUUAUUAAACAGAGAAGAGCAGGCCUAAAUGAAUUCAUUCAGAAUUUAGUUAGACAGCCAGAGCUAUGCAACCACCCAGAUGUCAGAGCAUUUCUUCAGAUGGACAAUCCAAAGCAUCAGUCAGAUCCAUCUGAAGAUGAGGAUGACAGGACCAGUCGGAAGCAGCUAAACUCUACCUCACAAAAUAUCAACCUGGGACCAUCUGGAAAUCCUCAUGCUAAACCAACAGACUUUGACUUCUUGAAAGUUAUUGGGAAAGGAAGCUUUGGCAAGGUUCUUCUUGCAAAGCGAAAACUGGAUGGGAAAUAUUAUGCUGUCAAAGUGCUGCAAAAAAAGGUUGUUCUCAACAGGAAAGAGCAAAAGCAUAUUAUGGCUGAACGUAAUGUGUUGUUGAAAAAUGUGAAGCAUCCAUUUUUGGUUGGAUUACAUUACUCAUUUCAAACAACAGAAAAGCUUUAUUUUGUUCUGGAUUUUGUUAAUGGAGGAGAGAGCCUGCCUGCCUGCCUGAGCUAUGCGGGGGCUCAGUGCUUCUCUCGGCAGCUACAGUGCCCCCUGGGACUGCCCAGGUCAGGUGCCAGCAAGCGGGUACUGCCUUGGGGGCCCCUGCGCAGCUCAGGAACCACUCAGCCUGCCAGCAGCUCGCCCCCUCCCCCUCCACCACCACUGAAGAGGCAGCUAUUCUUUCAUUUACAAAGAGAACGUUCCUUUCCUGAACACAGAGCCAGAUUUUAUGCUGCUGAAAUAGCCAGUGCUUUGGGCUAUUUGCACUCUAUCAAUAUUGUAUACAGGGAUUUGAAACCAGAAAACAUUCUCUUAGACUCACUGGGACAUGUUGUUUUAACAGAUUUUGGGCUCUGUAAAGAAGGGAUUGCUACUUCUGACACCACUGCAACUUUUUGCGGGACACCAGAAUAUCUUGCCCCUGAAGUGAUCAGAAAGCAGCCGUAUGACAACACAGUAGACUGGUGGUGCCUUGGGGCAGUUCUUUAUGAAAUGCUUUAUGGGUUGCCACCUUUUUACUGCCGUGAUGUUGCUGAGAUGUAUGAAAAUAUUCUUCACAAACCCUUAAAUUUGCGCCCAGGAAUCAGUCUGACAGCCUGGUCUAUUUUAGAAGACCUCUUGGAGAAGGACCGACAAAAUAGACUUGGAGCAAGAGAAGACUUUCUUGAAAUUCAAAGGCAUCCUUUCUUUGAAUCUCUCAGCUGGACUGACCUUCUUCAGAAAAAGAUUCCCCCACCAUUUAAUCCUAAUGUGGUUGGCCCAGAUGAUAUCAGGAAUUUUGAUGCAGUAUUUACAGAAGAAAUGGUUCCGUAUUCGGUUUGCAUCUCCUCGGACUAUCAUUUUGUAAAUGCCAGUGUACUGGAAGCAGAUGAUGCGUUUGUCGGAUUUUCUUAUGCACCACCUUCUGAAGACUUGUUUUCUUAGAAGGUUAGGAAUCUGUAAAUGCCUCACAAAUACAGAUCUUAAGAUGAACGAAAAUGUUAGGGCGUAAACAUAUUCCAAAAUGUGUACCUAGUGCCUCAUUUUAUAUGUAGGGUUAAAACUUAGGAACAGAUUUGCUCUGCUGUAUAUGAGAAAAUUGGGCAUUUUGAAUGGCUUUCUUUAGGAUGUAAACUGUUACUCCAGCUGCAUAGUAUAUUUUAAAAAGUUCUUUAGAAGCUGUUCCUUACAUUGAUCUGUUUUUAAGCAAGAACACUGACUGACUGUUUUCCUCCAGGUUUAUAUUUAAUGCCUCUCCAGGAUUUGGCUGUCUUUAGUAGCAGCAAACUUAGCACACUUAUAAAUGCCUUUGUAAUUAUUUACAGUGACUUAUGUGCUUGAAUUGUAACUAUGCAACUGUCUUUUGUACAUCAUUUGUUGAAAAAAGAUAAAUGUUUUCCAUGUUUCAUCAAUUUUUUAAAAUGCAAGUUCAUUACUUGACAGCACUUACCCUAAAUUUUAAUUCCUCAUUUAACUGCAAGGAUUCCUACAGAAUGAAAAGUUGCUCACUUAAGACUUCUUUAUCACCUUACUUAUAUUCAUCAUUACCUUACUCUGGAAGUAAUACAUUUUGAGGUGUAAAGGACUGUUCACAAAACAGGCUGGCACAAACUAACCCUAAAGGUUUGGGAACAUUACUAAUUGCACUGUCUAUAACUCACCUUUUCUAUGGUGAAACAUCUAAUUGACAAAUUUAUCAGCAUUAAAAAAUAUUCUUGGUUAAAAAAAAUAUUUUUUCCAAAGAUUUGUUGGGCAAUAAUUUAUUGCUACCUUUUGAAGGCAAUCUUGCUUAUGCCCUAUAGAAGGGAAAUAAAUGGUGCCAAAAAUUAGGUUUGUUUAAUUUCUUGUAUGUAUUUGAAAUACUAAUAUAUUCCAAAUUAAUUGUACCAAUAUUCAUAGUUGUUUUGUCUUUCUCUAUUUUAAUAUGUACCAACUCUUGGAUCUUCACUUGAUACUUGGGGGAAAAUAGCUAUUAAACUACCUUUUCAAUUA